AUGGACCCAAAGAUUAUCACAGGUUUAGUCCUGUGGUUUUGUGUAGUUGCAAGCUUAUCGAUAUCUCAAAUUGAUUCUGCCAGACUAGAUUCAAGGCACAGGUUUAGACGACAAAAUGAUGAAAGUAUUGCUUGUCCACAAGGAACUAAACCUUGUAAAGAUGAUAACAAUAUGUGUGUUACCUAUUGCGAUGGUAAUCCUGAUUGUGCAGAUGGCUCUGAUGAGCUCGAUUGCACUACAGCUGCUUCUGCUACAUCUGCUGACACUAAUGCUUUUGCUCAAACUACACAGUCAAGUGGCAAUGAAAUCGAACGUGCCAAUGUUCCUGAAGGAACAACUGAUAUAACUGAAGCUACUCUUCCACACAUAACUAUUCUCGAUCGAGAAACUGUGGCAGCAGCUACUGCAGAAACAACUGUUAACGACGGUGUAAGCGCAGGCACUACUCAAGGAUCAAAUGCCAAAGACGCACAAUCAACAGAAGCUGCUGCUGAUGGUACUACCGCAGCCUUGCCACAAGGAACUACUGCUGAAGCUGCCGGUGCCACCACGGGCGCCGCUGUUGUAGCUGAUGCGACCACAGGCGCUGAUGCUGAUGCUACCACAGGAGCUGCUGCUGCUGCUGCUACUGAUGCCGAUGCUACCACAGGAGCUGCUGCUGCUACUGAUGCCAAUGCUACCACAGGUGCUGCUGCUGCUGCUGCUGCUACUGAGGCCGAUGCUACUACAGGAGCUGUUGCUGCUGAUGCUACCACAGGAGCUGCUGAUGCCGAUGCUACUACAGGAGCUGCUGAUGCCGAUGCUACUACAGGAGCUGCUGCUGCAGACGCUACCACAGGAGCUGUUGAUGCCGAUGCUACAACAGCUGCUGCAGAUGCUGCUACAGAUGGUACAGCUGCUACUGAUGCCGCUGAAUCAGCUACAACUGAAGCAGCUGAAGGUGGUGCUACUGCUGCUACAGUAGAAUCCGCUACUGGAAAUACUGAAGCUGUAGAAGGAUCCGAAACAACGAAUGCCGGUAAUACUGAUGCAUCAACUGGUGGAGAUGAUUUAACAUCAGCUAAACCAGGAAAUGGCCAUGGAAGUGAAGAUGAAAGUAGUACAGCCAGUGUUAGCGGAGAUACCACAAGUGCUGAUGGUGCAACCCAUGAUGCAUCAACUGUUGAAGCUGUCACCGUAGAUCAAGAUGGAACAACAAAUGUUGCUGAUGAAACGACAGCACAUGCUGGCUCUGAUGCAUCAACUGGAAGUGACGCAUCAUUAACAACAGUAAUAGACUAUGACGAUGAAUCUUACGAGAAUGAUCAUGUUCAAACAGCAGCUCCACUGAUAAAUCCAAAGAAUAAUAAUGAUAUAGAAAAAGAAAAUGCAACUAACAGCAAUUAUGUAAUAGUGACCACAAUCGUAGCUCAACAAGUUGCGAGUCGAACAGCAACAACAACGACAGCAACAUUAGAUGAUGAUGUUGAAUAUUAUGACAUUUCAGAAGAACAUAAUGUAAUUGCAGCUAGUACUACGACUACUAGAAAAACAACAACCACCAGUCGUCGAGUAACAAUUGCAGCCACAACAAACAGUGAUGAUGUAGAAUAUUAUGAUAUUGAAGAGGAUGAGAUGGUGAAAGAAAAUCGAAUUCCUAUAGAAUCAUCAUAUCCAGAUGUAACGAAUAAUGGCACUCACGUCACUGGUGGCGAGGAAGCAACAACAGUCGCUCCUGAAGAACCACAACCAGGCCCUCGAGUUGAACUUCGUGUUGUUGUUAGUCCAGAACUUCUUCAAGUACAACGUGGUCAAACCUAUGAAAUGACUUGUACUGUUUAUGGUGCUGAUGCAACAACAACCAUUUAUUGGAUUCAAGAAGAACCAGAACGACGUUAUGCUCUCAUCGAUGGAGCUGAAGAAAGUGAUAAACAAGUAACAAUGUCACAAGUUUCAUUAAAAGCACGUAUUACACUUGAUGAUCCAAGUAAAAUUGGUAAAUAUACAUGUAUGGCACAAGAUACAUAUGGCAAUAGUGGUGCAGCCAUUCUUACUAUGGAAGAAAGUCGUUAUACUUAUCCAAUACCAGUAUAUCCACCAGUGGCACCUGAUCAAAGUGGUGGUGGUCAAGGAUAUUUACGUAUUGUUGCACCUGAUAUGGUUGAAGGUGAUUAUAUAGAAAUUCAAUGUGAAGGUGCUACACCAGAAGACGAAGGACGCAUUCAAUGGUUCUUUAACAAUAGACUUCUUAAUGAUGAACAACCACUUUAUCCACGUGGUAAAACUCUUCAUAUUCGUCCUAUCUCAAGACCUUAUUUGGGAAAUUAUCGUUGUUCAAUCCCAGGCAGCAGUUAUGCUGAUGGCAACAGUGUUCUUACUUUCGGAAGUUCACUACCAGGUGGCGCAGUCUAUCCUCCUGGAUUUGCUGUAGCAGUUCAAAUCGUUCAAGGUCAAACAGCUCCAGGACAAGCACAAGAAAAUUCACAAGUCAUUUUUCAAUGUCAACCAAGUGGACAAGCUACUAGUUACAGUUGGACAUUCACAUCAAACCAAGGAGUAGUCAACCGUGGUACCACUGGUCAAUUAGUUAUUGAUAGAGCUAGUGCUCAAGAUUCAGGCCAGUACAUCUGUGAAGCAACCAAUGCUCAUGGUCAAACAGGACGUGGUUCAGCCAAUCUUUAUGUCACUUCUGCUGCUCCUCCUGUACCACCAAUUACUGGCCGAUGCAGUAUUGAUGAAGCUACUUGCCGUAAUGGUCGUUGUAUUCCACGUGCAUAUCUUUAUGAUGGUAAAAAUGAUUGUGGUGAUAAUAGUGAUGAAGCUGCGCCAGGAACUGGAGGUGACGGAUGUCAACCAAACGAAAUUCGUUGUACGAAUGGUGAUCGUGGACGAAAAUGUGUACAGAAAUUUUGGAUGUGUGAUGGUGAUCGUGAUUGUGAUGAUGGAAGUGAUGAAGACCAACGUUAUUGUGAAUUACUUCCUCGACAACAUUAUUGUAAACCAAGUGAAUUUCAUUGCGGUGGUUCAAAUGCUACAACACCAAAUCCAGUUUGCAUUCCACGAUCAUUUCAAUGCGAUGGUUAUAAUGAUUGUCCUGAUCGUUCGGACGAAGUCGGCUGUGCUAAACCGGUUGUUGUUGUUGCACCACAACGUCAAAUCCAAAUUAAUGUCGGUCAAACGUUAACGAUUCAAUGUACAGCUCGUGGUUCACCUGCACCAUACAUUAAUUGGCGUCUCAAUUGGGGUCAUGUAUGCGGUGAUGGUUCCGAUAAUGGACGAUGCUCAAUGGCACAAGUUUUAGAUGCCAAUGAUCCAAGUGUUGUUACUGGCACACUCACUGUUCGCAAUGUUAAUACUGCCGAUGGUGGUGCUUAUUCAUGUGAAGCACUUAACAAUCAAGGCUUUAUUUUUGCUAUUCCAGAUGCCAUUGUUGAAGUUAUUAUUGAAGACCGUCGUGAACCACCCCGAGCACAACAAUGUAAUUGUAAUGGUCAUUCAUCCACUUGUUCACCUGAUGGACAAUGUAUUAAUUGUCAACACAAUACUGUUGGUUACAAUUGUGAAUUCUGUGCUACAGGCUAUGAAGGUGAUGCUCGUCGAGGUACACCAUAUGAUUGUCAACCAAUUCAAGCCCCACCACCGACUUCACGUUGUAAUCCAUCCGGCACACAUAUGGAACGUGGUGGCCGUUGUAUUUGCAAAUACAAUGUUGAAGGUGACCGAUGUGAUCAAUGUAAGCGUGCUCACUUCUAUUUGAAUCCAACAACACCAAAUGGUUGUUUACCCUGCUUCUGUUCGGGUGUAUCAACUGAUUGUACAUCAUCUGAUUGGCGACGACAAUCUGCGCCACUUGCAAUGAGCAACUGGAAUGCAGUACCAAAGAACUUUGCUAAUGACUUGUACGAAGCACGUGAUCAAAUUCAACAACGUAAUGGUGGACGUGAAAUAUCUCUUGAUCAAAGUUCAUUAGGUCGUCCAGCUACUGAAGUUCUUUACUGGAAGGCACCGAAAGAAGCACUUGGAGAUGUUGUUACUUUAUAUGAUGGUAACAUUGAUGUUCAUUUCACUAAUGAUGGUAACGAUAAUGAAGCACCAAGCAGUGAUGAAUUUUUAUGGUUACGUGGUAAUAAUAUUGAUAUUGUUCACAAAAUUCCACAAACUCAACGAUUCAAAGCUAACACAAACUCGACUUAUUCAGUAGCAGUUAAUGAACGAACAUUCACACGUAAAGAUGGUACACACAUUGACCGUGAGAAUAUUCUUAUGGCUCUAUCUGAUUUGGAUACAUUACUCGUUAAAGUAAAUCCAAUUGGUGGCCGACGUAAAGCUGUUCUUCAUGGUAUUAAUUUGAAUGCUGCUGCUCGUGAUGGCUAUAGUGAUGCAGCACCAACAGUUGAAUCGUGUCGUUGCCCAGCUAAUUAUACUGGUACAUCAUGCGAAAAAUGCGCUGAAGGUUAUGGUCGUCCACAUCCAUUAGUUGGUAUCUAUUUGGGACAAUGUUGGUCUUGCCGUUCAUUAUGUAAUGAUCGAUCAGAUCGAUGCGAUCCAGAUAGUGGCAGAUGUAUUGAUUGCCAAGCUAACAGCGAAGGUGAUCGAUGUGAACGAUGCCGUGCUGGUUUUAUCCUUGAUCCACGAUUGAAUCAAUGUGUACGAGAUGAGCAAUCUGCAUCUUAUCCAGUGCAACCAUCUGGACCUGGUUCACGAGGUGCCUAUUAUCUCGACCAACGACCAUAUGAUGUACGUGGCACAAGUCCAGUAACUAUUAUUUUGGAUGGUAAUCUACCAGAACAGCGUCUUCCACUUCAAGUUCUUAAUACUCAACCACAAUCUAUUGUAUGGGGCCGUACCGAUGGUAGUUCAUUACCUGCCAAUGUUGUUCAAGAAGGCAAUGAUCUUGUUUUCCGUAAUCCAUCCGCUGAACAAGCUGGAAAUUAUAUUGCCAGUAUAACUCAUCCUGAUGGUUUCAUUGAACGUAUUGCUGUUUACUUAGAAUAUCGUCCAGGUCAACGUCAACCUGGCCCUGGUGCUGCUUAUCCAUUAUUCACACCUGCUAGUCCAUUGACAAUUGCAGAAGGUGCCAGUCAAUUAAUACAACCACAAGGUUUCUAUCAACGAGUCUACUGGCGUCGUGAUGCUGGUCAAUCAUUUCCAGCCGGUGUUUAUCAAAGCGGAAAUGCCUUACAAAUAAACAGUGCACGACCAGAUCACUCUGGAACCUACUACUGUGAUUUAUAUGGAAGUGACGGUUCAUUAAUGUCUAUUCCAUAUGAAGUUCGUGUUCGAGCUGCUGAUCGACCAUAUGGACCUUCUGGAGGCGCACCAAAAAUAACUAUUGAACCUAAAACAAUUAAUUUGAAAGAAGGUCAACGUAUGAUUGUUCAAUAUACAGUUAGCUCACAUGAUCCUAUUGAAGUUUUCUGGAACAAACGAACAGAUCAAGGCUAUCAACCAAUUCCAUCAUUGUUCGCUGUUGAACCAAAUCGUCUCGUAUUGAAUCGUGCAACAACAGAUGCAGCUGGUGUCUAUCAAGUUGUUGUUCGUAAUACACAUGGUGAAGAUCGUCAAGAAUUACGUAUUAAUGUUGAGCCACGUCGUGGUCGAGGACGUGAUCCACAAUCUGGUGCACCACGAAUUCGUUUUGCUCAAGAUCAAUAUGAAAUCAGUGCUGGUGGCAAAGUCGAUGUUACACCAACAAUUUCGGGAGCAAGUGGAACAACAGUAACUUGGUCAAAAGAUGGUUCAGCUUAUUUACCUGAUGGUGUUACGGCACGAAGUGAUGGAGCAUUAUCUAUUGAAGGUCGAUCAGGUGAUGUUGGUGGACGAUAUUUACUUGAAGCUACAAACGCUUAUGGCACUGUAUCGUCACCAGUCACUGUUGUAUGGAAAGAAGCUUCUGGCCAAUAUGGUGGCUAUGCAGUCAGGCAAAAUCGAAGAGUUCAAUGGAAUGUUCAAAAACUAGAUUUGAAUGAAGGUCGUCGUCUUGAAGCUGUUUGCCGAAGUUAUGCUGAUCCAUCGACGCUUAGUCUAGAUGUUACACGUCAUAAUGGUCGACAACGUGAAGUAGUACCACUUGGUUUAACAUUUUCGAAUGGUUAUCUAUCAUUGGGUGCUGUUACAAAUCAAGACGAUGGACUUGAAUUUACUUGUACAUCGGGAAAUACUUCUGAUAUCUUAACACUUCAUGUUCGCCCAUCGAGUAAUGUUCAAGAUGGUGGUCGCAGUUAUAUUGGUGUUCAUUUUGCAUCAAGUGAUGAACGUAACCAUCAAGUUGGACGUGAUAUCAAUCUACAAUGUGCAGUUCAAGGAAGUAUUGAACGUCCAUAUGAAUUUACAUUCACAAAAGAUGGUCGUCCAUUGGAAAAUAAUGUUGAAGUACAUCCUAAUGGUUUAUUAAUUAUUCGUAAUGCUCAAGCUGGUGAUUCUGGACGUUAUCGAUGUGAAGUUAACUUCCCACGUGCACCACAAGCUGGCGUACAAGAAAGUAGUUAUGAUCUUCGAGUUGAAGGUGGUCAGGGUUCAGCUGAAAGUCAUGAUCAAGGAUAUCAAUAUGGUACUGCAUACCAAACACCAGCUGAAUAUAUUGAAGCAACCAUUGAACCAGCCGAAGCAACUCUUGGCCUUGGUGAAAAAGUUAAUUUAACAUGUCGUGUUAAAGGUGCUCAACAAUAUACUGUAACAUGGACUAAAUAUGCACAUGAUACAGGUUUACCAAAUUAUGCUCGUCAACAAGGAAAUAGCAUUUUAUUAGCUCCAACUAAUGAUUCACCACCUGAACAAAUGUAUUUACAAUGUUCAGUACAGGUACCUGGUCAACAACAGCCAAUUCUUGCCUAUGCACCAGUUACAAUUCGUGGUAAUGAUGAAUUAAUCAAGAAGAAAAAGAAGAGACGUUCGUAG